AUGCUAGCAUCAUCAUCAACCUUCGCCUCGACCACCUUUCACUCCUCCUUCACUUCCUCUUCCUCCCCCCAUGCCCCCCUCCUGCUUCGAGGGACACGUGAAGGCGAGCUAGCCGCAACGCUCUCCUCUGACCCGUACCUGCCUCAUUCCUCCUCUACAGCCGCCUCCUCAUCUCCGGGUCUCUCAUCCAAGGCAGAACGGAACCCACUAUUCACAUGGCCAGACGUCCUCCGCAUAGUCUCGACCGGUAUACUCCAACACCUAGCCCGUCAUCCCGAUGAACUCCGAGAGUAUUUCGCUUGGAUGGACGAUAUCCGCAACACCUACGGCUCUACCGAUUCAUUCCUCCUUGCUGAGAGAUUUACCGCUAGAUACCUCUUCUCUCGCCCCUCCCAACAGCAGGCAAAAGCGAAAAGGAAGUGA